AUGUUGGCCUGCCUGCAGAGGACCCAGAACCCACCGAGGCAGCCUCUGGGUUGUCCGAAUAAGGCCCUGGAGCCACGCAAGGGUGAAGCCAUGGCUCCCGUCCGCUCUCCACGAUACCCCAGCCCGGCUGAGCUCGACGCUUAUGCGCAGAAGGUGGCAAACAACCCUCUCACCAUCAAGAUCUUCCCCACCAACAUCAGGGUCCCCCAGCACAAGCACCUUAACCGGACGGUGAACGGGUAUGACACGAUGGGCCAGCGCUACAGCCCCUACCCUCUGCACGCCAGCAGCUACCAGGGCCUCCUGGCCAUCGUGAAGGCGUCCUCCGGCAAAGGGGCCGUGAAGAGCGCCGAGGGCAAGCGCACUAAGAUGUCCCCUGCCCACCUGGCUGUAGCCCCCUACUCAGUGAUGAGCACUUUAGCCCCCGGGCCGUCCUGCACAGCCCAGCUGAACUAUCCUGGUGGCCAGAAGCAGAUGGAGGCGCCCGUCCCGCCCAACGUCACGGUGGCCGCCUCGGUCGUCCCGCACGCCGGCCGGAGCUUGGUGCUGCCCCAGGCCAACCUGCCCUCCAUCCAGAACAUUAUUUUUCAGAUCAAUCAGCAGUGCCAGGCUCAGGCCGGCCAGCAGGUGUGCCAGGGGGUGGUGGUGACCAGCCCCAGCCCGGCCAAGCAUGGCGCCGCGGGCAGCUUCACCACUAUGGCUGCGGUGGGGGCAGCAGUGGCUUACGCGGGGGCCGUGUUGCCGGAUUGUCGGAAGGGUGCUGAGCUGGUGACUGGCUCCAACCUGGGCAGUGGCCUGGUGGGACCCAAGCCGGGUCUUUACCCGGACGGCAUGGAUUAUCUGCUGUGGCAGCAGAAGCAGCAGCCGCUGCGGAUGUACAGUGCGGGCAGCGGGGGGGCCGUCAGCAAGUCGCCCGAGGUGUGUGCCGGGGUCUUGCGUGCCCACCCCAUGACCGGUGCCACCGCCGUGGACAAAGUGAGCUGUUCACCGUUGAACUGCGUGGGCGUGCAGGGAAAUUUCUCGGUGGGGCAGUACUUCGCCCCUGCUUGGAACAGCGUCUUGGUUACGCCCAACAGCAGCGACUGCUUCAAUCCCCAGGAGCUGCCCACCGGGGCCCGGGACCUGGGCCUGCACCCCUCGGAGGGGCUCCCCAGUCUGCCCAGCAAGGCGGUUUGCAACACCUCCGUCCUCAGCAGCAGCCUGCAGUCCCUGGAGUACCUGAUCAACGACAUCCACCCGCCGUGCAUCAAGGAGCAGAUGCUGGGCAAGGGCUACGAGACGGUCUCGGUGCCCCGCCUCCUGGACCACCAGCAUGCCCACAUACGCCUGCCUGUCUACAGAUAA